ACACCCCACCCCACCACAAAAGGAAAGCGGAAAAACGACCCUCUCCAUCAAAAUGCUCAUCAAGGAGACCCACCAGGAUGUCCAAACCACCGUUUCCGGUACCCCCAUGAGGAUAUACAUCUUCCAUCCUUCAAUCCCGAACUACCCCCACGCAAAGUUCCCCGGCGUUGUGGUCUUCUCCGAGAUAUACCAGCUCACCGGACCCGUCGCUCGCUUCGCUAGGCAGAUUGCCGGACAUGGGUAUAUUUGUGCUGCACCUAGCUCGUUUCAUGAAUUUGUCGGACCGGAACCGCUGGAGUAUGACGUCCAGGGGACGGACGAUGGUAAUAAGUUUAAGAUCGAGAAGCUGGUGGAGGCGUAUGACGAGGACGCAAAAUUAACGGUGGAUCUAUUGGUGGGGUUGGCUACUUGUAAUGGCCGAAUUGGUGCUACGGGGAUGUGCCUCGGUGGGCAUUUGGCUUUUCGUUGCGCGCUUGAUACAAGGGUUUUGAGUGCAGUUUGCUACUUUGCUACUGAUAUUCACAGCUCGACCCUAGGCCUGAGAAGGAAUGAUGAUUCACUCAAGAGGGCUGGUGAGAUUAAGGGAGAAUUGGCAAUGAUAUUUGGCAAAUUGGACAACCAUGUUCCGCCUGCUGGGAGAGACUCGAUUCGCCAAGAACUGCAUGAAAAGGGACGUCUCUUCAGCUUCUAUGAAUUCGCUUUUGCUCAGCAUGCAUUCAUUCGUGAUGAGCUUUCGAAGGGAAGAUACGAUCCGGCUAUUUCCAAGAUCUGCUUUGAAGUUCUACUAGAAUUAUUCGGGAGGACUCUGAAGACAGAAUUAGGAGAAGCAACUGCGGACAAUACCCCUGUUGAAAACAUAUGCUGAGGCGUUAUCUUUACUUUCCAUCUACCAUCACUUGCCCCUGAUCAGCAAGUUUUUCGCAGCCCCCCACAAACUCCAUAAUAUUAUGAUCCUCCACACCCA